CCGAGGUCACCAGGUUGUUUGUUGCGGUGUCUCCUCCAUAUCGUCCUACACACACCGGCCGGUCUCUGCUGCUUUUCCCAUUUCACAAGUUGAUAGCAAAAUCAGCGACAACAGUAAUACUCGGCAAAAUGGCAGUUCCUCCAACAUAUGCAGAUCUUGGAAAAUCAGCAAAGGACAUUUUCAAUAAGGGAUAUGGUUUUGGACUGGUUAAGCUUGAUGUGAAGACAAAGUCUACAAGUGGAGUGGAGUUCAAAACGUCCGGCUCAUCCAAUGUAGACACCAGCAAGGUCACCGGAACCCUGGAAACCAAGUACAAGUGGGCUGAGUACGGGCUGACGUUCACAGAGAAGUGGACCACAGAAAACACACUUGGCACUGAGAUCUGUGUUGAGGAUCAGAUCACCAAAGGACUGAAACUCACUUUUGACACUACAUUUUCACCAAAUACUGGCAAGAAGAGCGGCAAGGUCAAGACGGCUUACAAAAGGGAAUACGUUAAUGUUGGUGUUGAUGUGGAUCUGGAUUUCGCUGGACCUACCAUCCAUGGAUCUGGAGUGGCCGGCUACGAGGGCUGGCUGGCUGGCUACCAGAUGACCUUUGACUCAGCCAAAUCAAAGAUGACCCAGAGUAACUUUUCUGUUGGUUACAAGACCGGAGACUUCCAGCUCCACACCAAUGUAAAUGAUGGUUCAGAGUUUGGUGGAUCCAUUUACCAGAAGGUUAACGACAACCUGGAGACUGCUGUGAAUCUCGCCUGGACAGCAGGAAGCAACGGCACUCGCUUUGGAAUUGCUGCAAAAUACCAGUUAGACUCCAGUUCCUCCAUAUCUGCUAAGGUGAAUAAUGCCAGCUUGGUGGGAAUUGGAUACACUCAGACCCUUCGGCCUGGUAUGAAACUGAUCCUCUCAGCACUGGUGGAUGGGAAGAGCAUCAAUGCUGGUGGUCACAAAGUUGGUCUGGGCCUGGAGCUGGAGGCAUGAGGACCUGCUCCGCCAUUUUGAAGAAGAGAAAUAUCAGCAACAGAUAUUAUAGAGUCGAAGCCAAAACAAAAAAGAAGCCCAGUUCUCUAUCACUGUUAGAAUGGAACCCUUUCCACCAGCCUCUUUUUUAAUGUGGUUACACCUUACUAGUCAUGUUUCAAUUACAUGUGUUUAUCACUUACGCCUUCUGCCAAUAUAUCCUCCAUAGAGAUAGGAAAAUUCCUCCACUAGGUGCAUUAUGUUCAGGUAUGGUUUCAGAAAACAAAACUUUAUUUUGCUGAUGUGUGAUGAUGUAGAAUGUAUAUCUGAGAUGUUAAUUUGCACAGUAGAAUACAUAUUUAUUCAAACUCUUUCUCCUCUGUUUUAUUUGCACAUUUUAUUUAUAUUUUAGUAGUGAUGUUCUAUCAGUUGGAAGUUUAACUCCCAACUAAAUAUGCUUAUCAAAAUCUCAGCCAAUGUAGUGGCUGAGAUCACUUAUCUCACUUAUGCUGCUGUGUGAUAAGUUUGAGACCUCUGCUACCUAAAGCUGCUUUUUAGUUGCAAGACAAUGCUAAAUGGAUUUUCUUUUCCUCAGUGUGGCUCGAGUGAAAGAAUAUCUGUGUGAAUCUUCAACAUUUCUUCCCAUUUUGAGGACUGUGACACUAAUCAGGAAGCUGUUUGUGUGUUGGUGUGUGUCUAACCUUUGCAAUAAAUUCCUGAAAUCAA